CUUUCUUGAAAAACAACAACAACAAAAACUUAUAAUUAUAUAAAUUUAUAAAUCGAAAAACCAAUCAACUAUUUAUCAACAAGUAGAACCACUCUCAAAACCUAAUCAAAACCAAUCCAGAAUGUCAAACACAGAUCAAUUAUCAACUCCAUCCUUAUCAUCAUCAUCAUCAACGACUUCAUCAAGACCUUCAUCUCCAAGCUUAUCAACCAACUUAUCAUCAUCAUCAUCCAUCUCACCCGUUCAAAUCAUUAAUAAACCGAUCAUCAAAACACUCGAUUUGAAUUCUUACUUUUCAGAUUUAGAUGGUGAAGAAGAUUAUAAUAAUACAGAUGAGUUGUCUAAAUUUAAAGCUAGUACUAAUCAUUCAUCAAAGUAUAAAUCAAAGACUUCUAAUUUUAUUCAAUUUGAUCAAAUUGAAACUCUUAAUGGAAAAACCAAAGAAAAGUUUGGAAUCGAAAUCGGUUUAGAUAAACUAGAAGAAAUCAUUCCAUCAUCCAAUUCCAAUUCCAAACCAUCCUCAUCCUCAUCCUCAGAAACCUUUUCAUCCUCAUCCUCAUUAUCAUUAUCAUCAGGAGAAGAGGAAGAAGAUGAAGAAGAAGAAGAAGAUGAAGAAGACCAAGAAUGGGUUCAAACCCAAUGGAAAGCCUUAGUAGAAAAACAAAAGAUCAGAGAAAAAGAAAUCAGGAAACUGAUCUUGUCUCGUCAAGUUUUAAACCCACUUGAUUUGAAAGAAUGGUUAGACUCAGAUCAAACUUGUGAUCUACCGGCUCUAAGUCUUGGGGUUUUAUUAAGGAUGGAUCCAAUGGCUUCUAGUAGUCAUCAAAUGACGACGAUCUCGAAAUACUAAUUUCAUUGAUCAUCAACAUCCAAACCUGAUCAAGUUUUAUCUUUUGGCAAGUAAAGGAAUUAGUUUUGAGUAUCUUGAAAAGAAUUGGUUUUUUUUUGCAAAAUGGUUUGGGUGAUGAAUUGGUUUUUAUGUUUUUUGAAAAGUAUGAAUGAAGUAAAAUGAAGUAAAAUGAUUGAAUGAUUGAAAGAUUGUGAUGGAAAAUAAAUAAAUGAAUUAUUAAUUGAUUGAAAAGCUUGUGAUAGAAAAUAAAUGAAUGAUCUUCUCUUUUUUUGAUUCUAGAAAUUUCAAAACUCUUUUUCCUCAAUUUUUUUUGUGUUGGUUAAAAGAAGAAGGUAAAAGGAAAAAAUAUUUUUAUAGAUUUGAUUUAAACAUAUAUAUAAAAUUACUAAAGAAAGACAAAUUUAAAAGAUGUGGUUAUGAAUUGGCUUGAUCUUGAUUUUGAUUAUUUUUAACUUCUCUUGAUUUUUUUUCUUUUUCUUUUUAAUUUCAUAGAUAGGGAUUCAUGAAAACCAAAGUUGUUUUUCUUUUUUUGUUUUCUAUUUCAUUUUUUAAUGCUUCAUGAAGUUUUGGACUGAUUUUUUCAUAUGACUUGAAUAUAAUAAACUUAAUU